ACUGGAAACACUCUCUUAGUUAGAUUCACCCAACACAGACACAACAUCACAAAACACAAAAACACAGACACUUACCUGGUACAACAUUUCAUUUCCCACGGAUGGGAUUCAGUCAAGCAACAGCCGUGCAGACGAAUCCCAGAUGGUCAACCUUUGAGAGAAGGAGACAUGAGAGAAAUUGGAUUUCCAAAUUAGACACCCUCCAUCCUAGAGGCCUGAAUGAGAAAAAAACACCAUUAUUCUAAUUAGAGACACUUAACCGCUCUUCCCCAUUUCGGCCAGCAGAGGGAGUUGCUAAACAGUCCCUCUCCAUCACCAUAUUUUUUCACCCCCUGUAAAUUCUUUUUCCAGAAUCUAUUUUCAUAUGGCCCUGCCCCAAAGAUUUUUAAUCCUAAUCCUAACCAAAUUGAACCUGAGAGCCCUAAACCUAAUUAGAUUGUGAUUGAAUAAAAUAAUUGAUUUCAUAUUACCCAGAGGGGAGAGCGAGAUCUGCGUGGGGACAGAAAUGGUCCGUGCACAAGGGCUCCGGGCGUACAGCUUGGAGCCCUCACCCCAACCCUAACACCUAACCCUAACCCUAACCCUAACCCUAACCCUAACCCUAACCCUAACCCCCUCCAUUUUGAUGAGAAGACGCAUGCAUGGAGCUGAUCCUCGUCAGUAUGUUCGCUUCUCAUGUUUUUUGUUAAGCCAGCCUGAAGAAGACUAAACUUGUUCGAAACGUUGCAACCUUGGCUUGUAUUAUUUUUUUAUUAAACCGAAGUUGAUCGGUAAAUCUUGUUUCCUAGUUUAUUAUUAGCAUAGCCUCCCAGUAUUAGCAUAGCUUCUUAGCCACGUGUGACGGAGGUACCUUCUGCAACGGGCCGAAUCACACCAGGACCACAGUAAGCCAUGCCACCGCGCCCACACGACGACGGAUGGAUACUGGUGCAGUCCAGAGGAGGCAGACGGAGGGAACGGGCCUAUGAACGCGACAGGCCACAGAACAGACGUGCAGCUGCGGAUUUUUCCAGCUACCCACGCCGAGACGGACGCCGAUCAUAUGCGGACGUCACUAGAGAGGGAGCCCAUUUUCUGGAGCCGACCUUCUACGGCAGACAGCAGACAGCUGACCAGACAGCAGAAGAGGACCCACAUGCUGUGAUUGAGCUGGCUCCAUCAUCACCUCCAGUGAACCAGCCUCCCUCCACGAGACCACGGAGCCCAGCUGCAGCACGACCACCCCCUUCACCACAAAGCAGCAGUCAUCAGAUCACAACGAUCGCCCAAAUCCACGCAGCGCCUCCCCCUGCACCAAUCUCCCGGGUUUCAGUGGAGACCAUGACAGAACCACAACAGGAGGACUGGUCACCUCUGUUUGACCUUGAGGAGGCAAGUGAAACAGAACUUUCUCCUCCCACAUCUCCAUCUCGUUUUUCUCCUGUAAUCCCUCUUCCACCACGCAUAAAUCGCUCUCAAAUAAGCUCUACAGCAGAAAGUGUCGUACGAGUUCUCGACAUGCAGAAGGCUGGCUCUGAAGCCGAAGAGGAAAUCACUCUGGAGCCAGAACCAGCAGAUGAGCAGAUCACAGCGCUGAGCCAGAGAAAAGGAAGCCAACGCCCCCUCACAGAGAAGGGAGUCCUCCUCCUCCUCCCAUCCAAACCAGCACCAUGGAGAGCAGAGGGUACCACACACUCACCCCUGCCACUCUCUCCAAGCUGAGAUCCAGCGUGCAGUCCAGACUAGCCGUUGAGCGAGCAGAGCAGACGACAACUUCUGCAGCAGAAAUGCAGGUGUGUGCUCCAACACGACACGACAACACACCCCGCAAAUUUACAGAGUGGCACCUGCACAUACAUCAGAAGAAGGUCAUCAUAGGAGACUCAAACAUCAGCCGCCUCCCACCUUUCAAAGGUGGAAAUGUACAAUUGGACAGUUUUCCUGGCGCCAGAUGGCAUCAUGCAGAAUUUCUCCUGAAGACGGCCACC